UUCAAUUGAUAUUAGGACGCCAAACUUGAAUUCUUCUUUAUUUCAAAAAAUAAAACACUGCUAAUAAAAAGAAAAGAAAAAACGAAUUCUUUAUUUCCUACAUAUUCCUUAUGUCUUGGGAUGAUCCUAAAACCCAGAAAUAUUUAGCUACAAUAUCCACAUCUCCGUAUUAUCUCUUCCACCGUUAAGUUUCUGUUCUGGAACUUUGUGCUUCCUCCUGGAAAACCUCUGUCAACUUCUUCUUCUUUCUGACGACGUUUGAGCUCUAGAAAUGGAGAAAGAAAAGGUGAAUACAUAUUCUCCAGAUACAGUACUUGAGGACUUUUUAAGAACUGCAGAAUCUGAAUCAGACUCUUCAAAUGCCAGCACUUCAGAAUUUGAUGGCCCGAAAAUUCAAAGAUCUGCUUCUCGAUGGACUGGUUUUCUCGAGCUAUUUAGAAGUAAAUCGAAAGGACACUUUGCCAAAGAUCCUCUAAUUAGUUCUCUCAAACUUUCCAAAAGAUUCAGCAGAAGCAUGAGAGAGACAAGUAGCAGCAGUGUCAUGCCAAAUCCCAUUCUUGAUAAUGGUUUGAGCUAUUUCAAACCUCAAUGGAAACUUUUCACCCUCUCGGAGCUCCAAACUGCAACCAACAAUUUUCACAAAGAAAAUUUGAUAGGAAAGGGUGGUUAUGCUGAAGUUCAUAAAGGGCGGUUGAGAAAUGGCCAAUAUAUAGCAGUUAAGCGGCUAAUGAGGGGACAACAAGAUGAGAGAAUAGGGGACUUCUUAUCUGAGCUUGGGAUAAUGGCACAUAUCAAUCAUCCAAACACUGCUAAAUUGAUUGGUUAUGCUGUUGAUGGUGGACUCUUUCUUGUUCUUGAGCUAUCUCCUUAUGGAAGCUUGGCCAAUAUGUUGCAUGCAUCAAAGCAGAAACUAGAAUGGAAAAUCAGGUAUAAAGUAGCCAUAGGAAUAGCUGAAGGGAUACUAUAUCUUCAUGAGGGUGGUCAAAGAAGGAUUAUCCACAGAGAUAUUAAAGCAGCAAAUAUAUUGCUCACAAAGGACCUUGAGCCUCAGAUAUGUGAUUUUGGGCUUGCAAAAUGGCUACCAGAACGAUGGACUCACCUCACUGUAUCGAAAUUUGAAGGAACAUUUGGCUAUCUUGCUCCAGAGUUCUUGAUGCAUGGCAUAGUGGAUGAAAAAACUGAUGUUUUUGCAUUCGGAGUGCUACUUUUGGAACUUAUUACUGGACGUCGCGCCCUUGAUUAUUCACAGCAAAGCCUCGUCAUAUGGGCUAAACCUCUGCUGAAGAAGAACAGAAUUAGAGAGCUCGUCGAUCCUUCACUUGCUGAUGACUAUAACUUACUACAGAUUAACCUCAUGGUCUUAGCUGCUUCUUUAUGUGUGCAACAGUCUUCAAUUAGACGACCUCGAAUAAAUCAGAUUUUGCUGCUUCUAAGAGGCAACAGUAAAAGCCUGGAUUUAAUCAGGAGAUGUAGGAAACCUUCCCAUUGGAAGAGGUAUUAUGAAGAACUCUUUAAUGCAGAAGAAAGCAAAAUGAGUAGAGGCUUAAGUGCUUUAAGUCUGCAGGAACAGAUAGCAUUGGAAGUCUGAGAUAGUGAGAUGGAUUUGGCUUAAGGCUCAAUAUAUUUGUUGAAUCAAACAAGAUCUUUUGGAAACGAAAGGUCAGAUUCAGUUGAUUUCUCCCUCGUGAUUAUGGUAUUACAUGAAGUUGCUGACUGCAUCAAGGCUUAUGUUGGUAACCAGACGCUAAUUUAGGGCAAGUUGAUUUGGAUCGAACUGUGUAUACAUAUGAAGAAGUAUUUAAAAUAUGUAUACGUACAAUUAAGAUCACACUCAUUGUGAACUUGUUGACUCUGGUGGUACGUACGUCAAUAAAUGAAGGAGACGACGAUACAUGGAAAAACAUUGUGUCAUGGGUAUGACUAUAUAUACAAGAUCUUCAAUCUCCUCCACCCCGCUACAACUCCUAGGGUGUCAAAAUCUAUGGUCAAUGCAACUGUGGGGGAGAUCAAGCAAUUGAAAACGAUGAGAUGCAGAAAACUUUUGGCAAGGCUGAUCCUGGAGCUGUACAAUGGAUAUGCUUGUACAUCCAAAUCUGUAAAUACUUGCGGUAGUCAGAGUAUGUAUUGAAAUUCUUUUUGCCGCAUUUUUGUAGCUUCUUUUAAUGUAUUUGUCGAUAUCUAAAUAAUACUUAUAGAGGUAAACAAACCUUAUCCUUGUGCAGUUUGAUGCUUUCGUCUUCGGGAUUUAAAUUCUCUGUGUUUGAGUUGGGGAUUCUAGCACAAUUCAUUUGAUUUACCGAGUUUGGAAAUAAUUUUUUGUACUUAUUGAAUUUUCUAACACAUAUAUAAGGUCUUAGCUAAAGUUAUUGAGUUA